AUGCUUAAAGCAGUUAACUAUACUCUUGUAACCUUGAUACCUAAGACCUCUACUAAUACUAGAAUCAAUGAGUAUAGGCAUAUCUUUUGUUGCUUCACCCUUUACAAAAGUAUAGCUAAGGUCAUGGCUAAUAGAUUGAGUAAAAUUCUGAGUAGCUUAACUGAUGAGAGUAAAGUUGCCUUUGUCCCAGGCAAGCAUAUACAAGAUCAUAGUUUGUUGCCUUUUUGA